UCACUUUGCGCUCCAGUUGAAUCGCCAGCUUGUUGUUCCUCGGAUCCCGGCGGAGGACAGGAGAUCUUAGCUCACCCAGUCCGGAUAUCUGCCCCCGUUUUGGUCGCUUUUCUUUCCCCUCCGAGCUUCGAGGAUGAGCCGGUGAACUGGAUGGGGAAGGAGUAGCCUGCUGGUCGGCUGAGCUAUCACCCUGCGGCGCGGCGCGGAGCUCCAGUGUCGGGAACAAACAGCGGGGAAGGGACGUAAAUAAGCCCGGAGAUGGUUCACUUUCCGCGGGGACCUUCGGCGACUUUACUGCUGCUGACGGCGCUUUAAAAUCAGAUUUUUUAAAAAACUGAACAGACAAGAAGGAGGUUAGAUUAAAUCGCUUUGUGGAUUAACGAUGCCGGACCAAAUCACAGUUUCAGAGUUUGUCACGGAGACAAAUGAAGAUUAUAAAUCUCCAACCGCCUCUAUUUUCACCACCAGGAUGUCCCACUGCAGGAACACAGUGGCUGCUCUGGAGGAGGCUCUGGAUGUGGACCGCAGCGUUCUCUACAAGAUGAAGAAGUCGGUGAAGGCCAUCUACACGUCCGGCCUGGCCCAUGUGGAGAACGAGGAGCAGUACACUCAGGCGCUGGAGAAGUUCGGCGAAAACUGUGUGUGCCACGACGACCCCGACCUGGGCUCGGCCUUCCUCAAGUUCUCCGUCUUCACCAAGGAGCUGACGGCACUCUUCAAAAACCUGUUCCAGAACAUGAACAACAUCAUCACGUUCCCCCUGGACAGCCUGCUGAAAGGAGACCUGAAGGGCGUCAAAGGGGAUUUGAAAAAGCCUUUUGACAAAGCCUGGAAGGAUUACGAAACCAAAGUCAAAGGACAUUCUUUACUGAGAGGGACCAAAAUCGAGAAGGAGAAGAAGGAGCACGCUCGGCAGCACGGGAUGAUCCGGACGGAGAUCAGCGGGGCGGAAAUAGCCGAGGAGAUGGAGAAGGAGAGGCGCUUCUUCCAGCUGCAGAUGUGCGAGUACCUCCUCAAAGUCAACGAGAUCAAGAUCAAGAAGGGGGUGGACCUGCUGCAGAACCUCAUCAAGUACUUCCACGCACAGUGCAAUUUCUUUCAGGACGGCCUGAAAGCCGUGGAGAACCUGAAGCCGUCGAUAGAGAAACUGGCUACAGAUCUGCACACGAUCAAGCAGGCGCAGGAUGAGGAGAGGAAACAGCUGACUCAGCUGAGAGACGUCCUGAAAACGGCUCUGCAGGUGGAGCAGAAGGAGGCGAGGAGAGAUUCCCAGGUGCGGCAGAGCGCGACGUACAGCCUGCACCAGCCGCAGGGCAACAAGGAGCACGGCACCGAGCGCAGCGGCUUCCUGUUCAAGAAGAGCGACGGGUUGAGAAAAGUCUGGCAGAAGAGAAAAUGCAUGGCUAAAAACGGAUACCUCACCAUCUCACACGGCACAGCUAACAGGCCGCCGGCUAAACUCAACCUGCUGACCUGCCAGGUGAAGCACAACCCUGAGGAGAAGAGGAGCUUCGACCUCAUUUCACAUGACCGAACGUAUCAUUUUCAAGCUGAGGACGAACAGGACUGUCAGAUCUGGAUCUCGGUUCUGCAGAACAGUAAGGAGGAGGCGUUAAAUCAGGCGUUUAAAGGCGACCACCAUGUUGGCGAGAACAACAUCGUUCAGGAGCUGACGAAGGCGAUCCUGGGGGAAGUGAAGAGGAUGACGGGGAACGACGUGUGCUGCGACUGCGGAGCGCCCAAUCCGACGUGGCUGUCCACCAACCUGGGCGUCCUCACCUGUAUUGAAUGUUCAGGGAUCCACAGGGAGCUCGGCGUCCACUACUCUCGGAUCCAGUCCCUCACUCUGGAUGUCCUCAGCACCUCUGAGCUCUUGCUGGCCAAGAACGUGGGGAAUGCAGGCUUUAAUGAAAUCAUGGAAGCUUGCUUAAAUGCUGAAAACGUGGUGAAACCGAACCCAGCGAGUGACAUGCAGACGAGGAAAGACUUCAUCACGUCCAAAUACAUCGAGAAGCGCUUUGCCAGGAAGAGGGGCGCCGACGCGGCGGCGCGGCUCCACACACUGUGCGAGGCGGUGAAGGCGCGGGACAUCUUCUCCCUCAUCCAGGUCUACGCCGAGGGGCUGGAUCUCAUGGAACCGAUACCGCUCGCCAACGGACAUGAACAGGGAGAGACGGCGCUUCAUCUGGCCGUCAGGCUGGUAGACAGAACGUCUCUUCACAUCGUCGACUUUCUCACUCAGAACAGUUUGAAUCUGGACAAGCAGACGGCCAAAGGCAGCACAGCGCUGCACUACUGCUGCCUGACCGACAACAGCGAAUGUCUGAAGCUGCUGCUGAGAGGAAAAGCCUCCAUAGACAUUGCGAACGAAGCCGGCGAGACGCCACUGGAUAUCGCCCGGAGGCUCAAACAUGCUCAGUGUGAGGAGCUGCUCAAUCAAGCUCUGGCAGGAAAAUUCAACGCUCACGUCCACGUUGAGUACGAGUGGCGCCUGAAGCACGAGGACCUGGAUGAGAGCGAUGAGGAUCUGGAUGAAAAGCCGAGCCCCCAUCGGAGAGACGACCGUCCCGUCAGCUGUUACGCCCCCAGCAGUAACUCCCACCUGCAGUCCGGUCUGGGGCCCGCCGGCCGGGAUGGAGCGGGCCUGAGCAAGGACAAGCACCGCCUCUUUAUGCCCAGCCUAGUGAACAACGAGACUUACGGCACCAUCCUCAACACCGGCUCCUCUCAGUCGGCCUCCACCUCUGCUCCACCGCUGCCCCCAAGGAACCUGGCCCAGUUCUCCUCUGUGAGAGAGAUCGGUCAGUCUGCCACCUCCAGCACCUGGAAACCCGGUUCUAUAGACCUGGUCGGCCGGCAGCGGUCGUCCUCAGACCCUCCCAACAUGCACCCUCCUGUUCCCCCAAUGAGGCUCACUUCUACUGGAGGUCUGGGUCCUGCCCCCGUAGCCAAGAUGGAAGCUAUGAGCAUCCAGUCCAAGUCAGGUCAGGGUCCACUGGGGACCCGGUCAGUGCCACCCAAAUCCCCUGCUGGCAAUGAUAAAAGCUUCAGCCGAGGAUUCCUGAAUCAAAGUGAAUCUGUAGAACGAGCAGCUAAGGAAGUGCCAGGAUGCCCCCAGAACUCGGUGCCUCCGGCCCCCGCAUCAAGGAAAGCAUUUCCAUUCCCUCAGAAGCAGAGACCAAAGCGGGUAAAGGCCAUCUACAACUGCAUAGCUGACAACCCAGACGAGCUGACGUUUUCCGAGGGCGAGGUGAUCGUGGUGGAUGGAGAGGAGGACCAGGAGUGGUGGCUGGGCCACAUAGAAGGAGAUCCAAUGAGAAGAGGCGCCUUCCCCGUCACCUUCGUCCUCUUCAUCACCGACUGACGGACCGCUCGGGUCCUCUGGAGGCGUCACGAGAUGCUGCGUUGGUCGCCAGCCAUCCGUCUGAGGACCCAUGAGGUUCAGCUCCUCACUCAGAAUCUAAAGAAAUCAAUGUUUUCACUGAACAAUCUUUGGCAAUAAACAAACUCUUUCUGUCACAAACCAUGUUUUAACAAAAUGAAGGUCACAUGAACAGUGUUUAUUUCAUCUCUAGAGCCGCAGUGUGCAGGAAAAUCGAUUUUAACACCUCUAAAUGUGAACUUAGACAACAUGCUUACAUUCCAUACCUGUGCAUGUAGAUGCAGUGUUUGUAGAUCUUUAGUGACGCUCCUGUGUGGAGGAUUUUUCCUAAUGGUGCUAAAUUAACCUCAGUAUUCUCCAAGCCAGCAGAGCUGCUCCUCCUCCUUCCCUCCGCAGCUGGAAGAAAAACACUUCCUGACUUUUGUGAUGAAUUUAUGCUAAUGCAUCUCUCACACACACACACACACACACACACCUGUUUUAGUUUCAUGUAGUGGUCUACCAUCGGCUUGGGUAUGUGACUCAUAGUCAAAUAGAAAUGUAUCAGAAUGGUCAAGCAGCUUUUAUUUAAACAGAAAAUAAUUAUUAGUUAUAAUAUCUGUUCAUUAUAAGUGUGAAACAGAAUCUUUCAGAUAUCACAUGCCAACACCGCCAUCUAUAGCUGGCUGGACGGUGUUUUAACUGCAAAAACAAGCGGGGGAAGCAAUAGAAAACUCAUUCUGGUUUCAGUUGACAAACGUUUUGUUUGUUUGCUUAUGUUACCCACUGGUGGAAUGGCAGCCUGGGAGGACAGCUGUGUUGCUUAUAUUGCCAACAGCCACUGUUAGGUUAUUAUAUUGACGGGCUACAAGCUCAGAUAGUAUCCACCCAAACCAGGUCUGUACCUUUAUCCACCCAAACCAGGUCUGUACCUUUAUCCACCCAAACCAGGUCUCCGCCGGUAACCGCCCCAUUCCUUUAGGUCACACAGCAACUUCUAAACAAGCUGGUUGUUGCGUUCUUGAUAAAUGAUGAAGGUCUUUGGUUCUCAUUUCAUAUGAAAAGAAUGAGACGUUUGUGUUGGAGGUGAUGAGUUGUCUGUGCAUAAUAAGCUGCAUGUUACAAGAAGAGAUUUAAAACUGUUGGAAUGUGAAGUAAAGUGGGAGAACGGUUGUCUUUAGUAACAGGCUGCUUUCUUUAGUCGGCAUCAAGCCUGAGACCCUCAACACAACCACCCAGGAAGGUCCUCACUGUUUGGGCUCAUGAGAUGUAGAUGCUUUUAAGAAUAGUGUACUUAACGUCAUCGUAGUUGCAGAGCAACUUAUUGUUCAUAUUGUUGAUAUUUAAGCAUUUAACCUGAAAUCAGAGCCUUCCAUGGAUUUGUGAAUGACAAGAAGAGGAUCUGUCUCUUCGUUCAAUGUAAGAACUCACUGGAAACAAGAUGUAAUGACCUAUUUAUGUAAAUAGAUUUGGGUUUUGUUUGAGUAUUUAAGAGGUCAGAGCGGUUAAUGUCUUCCAGCGACUUCCGCCAUGAGACAAACUGUCUGAUCACCACUAACCUGACUCCUAACGUGCAAGGAAAUGGGAAAAGUUCAACUGGAAAAAUAAAUUAUGGAAUAAUGUCA